AUGGACUGCCUACCUAGGCCAUUGAUCAUGGAUGGUACAAAAUGGAGGUCGAAAAAUGUCGAGAUAGCUCCGAAUUGUCCUAGGUGUGCUUCAUCCAACACUAAAUUCUGCUACUACAACAACUACAGUUUGUCACAACCUAGGUACUUCUGCAAAGGCUGCAGGAGGUACUGGACUAAGGGUGGAUCACUGAGGAACGUGCCGUUUGGCGGUGGUUGCCGGAAAAGCAGGAGGGCGAAGGCAGCAAGGCAGGUGGAGAGCGGCGGUGCAAAUUAUGUCGAUCAAGGUACUAGUCCGACGGGUGAUCAAUGCGUAGAUAUUGAUUUGACCACUGUUUUCGCGAAUUAUUUGAACCAAAAUGUGGAAAAUAAUGAGGAGAAAAGUGGUGGUGAGGGAUCUUCUAGUCCUGGAGCUAGUUAUGCAUCAUCAUCUGAAGUUCAAGCAAGUUCUUUGGACAUUGAUAGCCGACUGGAAGAUGCUUUAUUUGAGUAUCAAAAGACCGUUGAGCCCGUAGAUUUCAUAGAUACCGCUCAGUUUCAAGAAGUGCUAAUCACUGAUCAUCUCUCCAAUAUUCAUGAAGAAAAUGUUCAAAUGGAUCAUAAUCCUGAUGAUUUGAAGUUGCAAACUAUGCUUGGAGAUGAAUUACGGCCCGAAAUUUGGUCUGAUAGCCCGAAUUUGCCAGAUUUUCCAUGCCAAUUACCUAUGCUGCAGUUUCAUGAUUUUGAAGUAUUUUCACCAAAUGAUCAGUUAAGAAUUUCUGCAAAUCUUGACAGCAAUAUUUGGGGAUCAUUUGAUCUGUCUGCUCAUGAAUUGUUUUCUGGGCCUUGA